AUGAAUAAACAAAUGGCUAUCGCAUUCAAUAAAUUAGUAGAAAAAAAGAAAGAGAAUGUUCCUACAAUAGUGUUAAAUCCAAAAACAUUACCAACAGUAUUAGAUCUUGUUGACAGUGUUGAAUAUGACUGUUUUAUUAGUUCAAUUCUUCAGUCAUUAAUUACUGAAACAAUCAUUUGUCUCCCCAGAAAUAAAAAGGUAUUAGUUAAGUUUAAUUGA